AUGGCGUCGUCAUCCUCCAACGUUGUUGGUGUACACUAUAGAGUGGGAAAGAAAAUCGGAGAGGGUUCGUUCGGUGUAAUUUUCGAGGGCACAAACCUCCUGAACAACCAACAGGUUGCCAUCAAGUUUGAACCAAGAAAGAGCGAUGCCCCCCAACUGAGAGAUGAGUACAGGACAUACAAGAUCCUCGUCGGGUGCCCUGGCAUCCCAAAUGUGUACUACUUCGGCCAAGAAGGUCUGCACAACAUCCUGGUGAUCGAUCUUCUCGGUCCAUCGCUCGAGGAUCUUUUCGACCACUGCAACCGGAGAUUCUCCCUCAAGACGGUUGUCAUGGUCGCCAAGCAGAUGCUAUCCCGCGUCCAAACCAUCCACGAGAAGAACCUGAUCUACCGUGAUAUCAAGCCCGAUAACUUCCUCAUCGGCAGGCCAAACUCCAAGACUUCCAAUGUCAUCCACGUGGUCGAUUUCGGUAUGGCCAAACAAUACCGUGACCCCAAGACGAAGCAACACAUUCCCUACCGCGAACGCAAGUCGCUUUCUGGCACUGCUCGUUACAUGAGUAUCAACACCCAUCUUGGUCGCGAGCAGUCGAGAAGAGACGAUCUCGAGGCCCUUGGCCACGUAUUCAUGUACUUUUUGCGCGGUGGUCUUCCCUGGCAGGGUCUCAAGGCUGCUACUAAUAAGCAGAAGUACGAGAAGAUUGGUGAGAAGAAGCAGACGACGCCCAUCAAGGAGCUGUGCGAGGGUUUCCCCGAGCAGCUGGUGACGUAUCUGACAUAUGUGCGCAACCUCGGCUUUGAGGACACGCCCGACUAUGACUACCUCCGUGAGCUUUUCACCACGGCGCUCAAGGAGGCUGGCAUUCCCGAAGAUGGAGAGUAUGACUGGAUGAAGGUUGGCAAGCCCGACAGGAAGGGGGACUGGGACCGCCCGGGCGCUUUGCACAACCCAAACGCCCGCCCCGGGGCUUCGGCCAUGGAGAUCCACGGCAACUCGAGGGGGCCGACGACACACCACCAAAGCGACCCGCGAGCCCCUCAAUUGAGCAUGUCGCAUUUAAACGCCGGGAAACCCCUACCGCCCCAGCCGAACCAGAGGCAGUCGAAGCAAGGACGGCCAAACGCGCCCGCCUUGGGAGCCCAAAGGCCCGCGGUCGGGGGUUACAACAUGCCAGCAGCGACACCUACGGGAUCAACCCAAGCCCAGUUCCAGACCAGCACCCAGAACCUGCCGCAACGACCGAUGGCACACUCGCCCGCCAUACCUGCUCCCCAGAAUAACGCUCAACCACAGCCAACAGGCUUCCAGAAGUUCAUGAAGACUCUUUGCUGCGGUUAAUGGGUUUUGGUUGUUUUUUUACGCGUUGAUCUGGCGUCUUGCUGACGUUGUAAGCGGCAGCCGGCGGCAAGUUCUAUAUAGGGGCUUUCGAAGAUAGGAGUCCUUUAUGAUUUGUCUGCGACAUGCGUUGUUAGUUUUUUUGCAUGGGACAUUAGAAGGACGCCUUUCUUACACGGGGGCGCAUUCCAGCACAUUUGGCGCCUUUCCUGGACAUCAUUACGAUUACGAUAAUCCCGGUUUCUCCCUUUUUUUUUCUGUCUUUGUCUUGUCUUUCUGGCCUUUGACCUGCUUGCAGCUCUCGCGGAGGAUGUUGGCAGGGCUAAUAACUACUUCUUGGGCUGGCCUGGCAGGGGAAAAUAUCAGUCUUGACUUGUUUGGCGCCUUGGGGGAACGUUUUCACUCUCACUCUCACACUCUCACUCUCACUCUCACUCUCACACAUUACACACACACCACCACACAUACUCACAGAUAAACUCACUCUAAUAAUCAGCAUCCCUUUUGAGAACAUACAGAAAAAGAACGGCAUUGUAACAGGGCAUGGUUUCAUCACUUUUUUUUUUCUUUUUUUCUUUUGACUCGUGGUUUUUUUUCUGGCUGGCUGGACAGGGUGGUGUUCUCCUUUUUUUUU